UCUUUUCCUCCUUUAUCCCUUGUCAUCUAUUUCUUCACCCGGAAUAACGGCUCUAUCGCUUUUCCUUUUCUUUUCUUUUCUUUUUGUGUAUUUUGUAAAUUCCUGAAAUUAAUUUCUGCUGUAGCUUCUUGUCGGUGCCAGGUCCCUUUCUCUCUGCAUUCUCUCUUCUGUCUUACUCCGACUCUCCGUUGAUGAUGAAAUUCUAAUUUUUCAUUCCCCGAUCAAUCCAUAGAUCCACCCCUUGCUCAAUUGGCCUAGGAAUUCGAAUGCUGUGUGCUCAUUUCUGACAAUUGUUUAUUUUCCGAUAUUCACAUGGACUUGGGGUUCUAAAACACUUUCAGGGUCCAUGUAUGAUAGUUUGCUCUUUUGAGCAGAAGUACAUCCCAGGUACGUAGCUGAAGUGAAUAGCACACGAAAUGUCAAGGACUCUUGCACCAAUUUUAGGAGGUGCUGCAGGAGGGGUGGCAUUGCUGGGGAUACUGUUAAUACUUCUUUGGUAUUUCAUUUUUCAUCGUAGGAAUGUUUCGGGAACAUCUGAGACAGGUUCUUCUGAUCCAUCUAUACAAGUGGGGACAAGUGUUGGGACUGAAUUUACUUUGCGAGAUGCCAGGAGAUAUGAGAUGGGUGAGUUGUCAUUGGCAACACGGAAUUUUAGUGAACAAAGUUUGAUAGGGCAAGGAAAAUUUGGUGAGGUGUACAAAGGAUUGCUCCAUGAUGGGAUACUUGUAGCCAUUAAAAAGCGGCCCGGUACCCCUACUCAGGAGUUCGUUGAUGAGGUCCGAUAUCUUUCAUCUAUUCAACACCGAAAUCUGGUCACGCUUUUAGGUUAUUGCCAGGAAAAUGAUCUACAGAUUAUUGUCUAUGAAUACAUACCCAAUGGAAGUGUUUCGGUUCACUUAUAUGGUGCUGGUCAGGUUUCGCAAGUAAAGCUGGAAUUCAAGCACAGGCUUUCAAUAGCUCUUGGGGCAGCUAAAGGUUUGGCACACCUGCACUCCCUCAGUCCUAGGUUGAUACAUAAGGAUUUCAAAACAUCAAAUGUUCUUGUAGAUGAGAAUUUCAUUGCUAAAGUAGCAGACGCCGGGUUACGCAAUUUUCUUGGGAAGUUUGAUUAUGAAGGCCCAUCUUCUUCUGAAUUGACAGCUGAUCGGAUUUUCCUUGCUCCAGAGGUGACUGAAUUCAAAAGAUUUUCGGAUAAAAGUGAUGUUUACAGUUUUGGGGUGUUUCUUUUGGAGUUAGUGAGCGGGCAGGAAGCACGAGAAUUGAUGUCUUCUUCAAAUGCCGAUCAGAGUCUGGUUGAUUGGGUGCAAAAUAAUCAGGAAUGUGGGAGCAGUAUGAUUGAUGGGAGAUUGGGUAAUAGCUUUACAAGAGAAGGGAUGGAAGAGUUGAUUCAAUUGAUAGUGCAUUGCUUGAAUCCUUCAAGUGAGAGGCGCCCUCCGAUGAGCUAUCUUGUAACGGAACUUGAUCGGAUUCUUGAGAAAGAAAUGAGCUUAACAACCAUCAUGGGGGAAGGGACCCCCGUUGUAACCUUGGGAAGCCAGCUUUUUAGGGCUUCUAAAUAAUAACUACUAGUGUCAAAUGUCAAUGUUUUGGUUUAUGCAAAAUAUACCAACAAAGUAAAGAGUUCAUCCAGCUGUUGGAUAAUUGUAUAAAGAGCAGUUGGAUUUUUUUUUUUUUUUUUUUUUCCUUUUCUUUUCCAUCUCUCUAUUAUUUAAUGUUCUUGUAAAAAUAUAGUGAAGUUUGAGUUGGACCUACCUGGAUUAUGGUGGCUCCUUAUACAUACUCCAUGAUUCAAAUAUUUUUCUUUAUUA